AUGUCGGACAAAGACUUUAACAGCAACGAUGACCUAUCCCUCCCCAAGGCCACGGUGCAGAAGAUCAUCACGGAGAUCCUGCCACAGCUCUCGCACGACCCCAGCACUCCCGGCAAAGAUGGCGAAAUGAGCUUCACGCGUCCGGCGCGGGACCUAUUGAUCUCGUGCUCGCUGGAGUUCCUGCGCAUGCUGUCGUCCGAGUCCAACGAAAUUUCCGAGCGCGAAUCCAAAAAGACCAUCAGCGUCGAACAUGUCGAACAGGCCCUCACCGAUCUAGGCUUCGGCACCUACAUCGAGGGCUGUCGCGGCGUCGUGGGCGAGUGGCAGGAAGUGCAGAAAAAGAGAGUCGGCCGUGGUGAGAAGAUGCGGAACUUUGGAGGGUUCGACAAGAUGGGUGAAGAAGAGUUGCGGAAGAUGCAGGAGGCUCUGCUGGGUGAGGCCCGCGGCCGAAUGGAGGGCCACACCGAGCCACAAGGGGAACAAUGA